GGACAGCCAUCUCCAACACCAUUUUUAUGAUGCACCUAGUCCUUCCAAAGAAUGCACAAAAUGUCAAAAUGAAUAAAGAGAAAGAUCUACAAAGGUCUGCAUGAUUUUAAAAAUAGGGAAAACAGGCCAUCUGCCUCUUAGCAUAGUGGAGCAGGGAGGAUUAAAUCCAGAUUAUGGCCCUUAUGUGUGUGUGUGUGUGUGUGUUAGUGUGUGUGUGUUUGUGUCUGUUGCUUGUCGUCAGUGUGUCCUUGGCUCCGUAGACAAGCAGCAGGUUUGCUACAGAGCUACCACCGGAUUUUGACAGCUAUAGGAAGCCGAACCGGAGGGCGCCAUACGGGGAGAGCAACAUCACUUUCACCUACAGCAAAAAUAUUCUCACCCCCUUCGCAGAGUGAACAGUCACACACAACUAACUCGAGAUGGCUUUCUUGAUCAAGAGCAUGAUUGGGAACCCCCUGUCAGGAAUCGGUCUCGGUGGUGGAGGUGACAAAGAAGAGGAGGCCGCACCCACAGAUCCGGCAAAAGCAGCGGGGAUGACACGCGAGGAGUAUGAAGAGUACCAAAAGCAGGUGGUGGAGGAGAAGAUGGAGAGAGAUGCAGAUUUCUUACACAAGAAGGCAGAGAGGGCAACACUCAGGGUGUGCCUCAGAGAAAAAUACCGGCUGCCGAAGAGCGAGCAGGACGAGAACAUGAUCGAGAUAGCCGGGGACGACGUGGACGUGCCCGAAGAGCUGCUCAAGAUGGUGGACGAGGACGCCACAGAGGAGGAGGGCAAGGACUCCAUCAUGGGCCAGUUUCAAAACUUGCAGAACAUGGACAUGGACCAGCUGAAGGAGAAGGCCUCGGCGACUGUCACCGAGCUAAAGACCAAAGCAGAGGAGAAAUGCUCCGUCAUGUGAACGGCCAGAGAUGGUUGGCUGUGUUUGAAUGAUGAAGACGAAGACGAAAAAGGAAGAACACGUGAAAAUUAAUCUCAACGCUUAAGACUGAGCUAUGUUACCAAGUCUGGGAUUCAGUUCAACCGCCUGCAAAGUAUUCAGUUUUAUUAUAAGCAUUAAAAAGGCAAAUCAUUUCUCUAAUAAAAUAGAUAAUAAAAAA